CGCCAGCUCAGUUUGUACGACGCAUUCGAAACCAGCGCGUCUGGUCUCAGGCGAAAAGGGACCCGAGUUGGAGGAAAUUAGCCACGAAAGGAAUGCGAAGGAUUUGCUUUCCAUAAACUGGCGUUUCCACAGGAAAAGGGGGGAGUGCGACGGUAGCAUACUUGUUUUUAUUUAAUACAGAGGUGUGUACCUCCCACCCCGCUCCCCACCACGGCCCUCACCUGUGUGCUGCGCUGCUUCCCCUGCGAGCCGUCCUGGGCCGGCAGUCCCUUCCUGCACCGCCCCCCUACCCCACCCAUGGUCAGGAUGACACGCUCCAAGACCUUCCAGGCCUACCUGCCCAGCUGCCACCGCACCUACAGCUGCAUCCACUGCCGCGCCCACCUGGCCAACCACGACGAGCUUAUCUCCAAGUCCUUUCAAGGGAGUCAAGGCAGAGCAUAUCUUUUCAACUCUGUGGUGAACGUGGGCUGUGGGCCAGCUGAAGAGAGGGUCCUGUUGACGGGGCUGCAUGCUGUCGCUGACAUCUACUGUGAAAACUGCAAAACCACACUGGGCUGGAAAUACGAGCAUGCCUUUGAGAGCAGUCAGAAGUACAAGGAGGGCAAGUUCAUCAUCGAGCUGGCUCACAUGAUCAAGGAUAAUGGCUGGGACUGAGUAGGCAUGUUCAGAGGGGGUUUGGGUGGUGGGGGGUUGGGGCGUGUGGAUGAGUGUGAGACUUUGUUUUGGUGUUACCUCUAUUUCCAUUUUCCCUGCUCCUCGCUCCCCAGACACACACAGACAAGUCCCCAGCGAGAGGAUGGUUGAGGGCGAUUCCCGCUCAGAGAAGCCUGUUCCAGGCCGGGGCUGAGAUUGCAGCCCAUAUAACCUCUGCAUUGCAUGUAUGUGUGUGUAUAUGUGUGUUUGUGUGGGAGGGUAGGGCAAUGUAGUGAGAAUCAUGACGACAUGUACAGUAGAGCUUGAUAUCCUUUCUCACACACAAAUACACACGCACACACACAUGCACAUAUACAUACACACUCACAUGCAUGCACACACAUACAUGUAUGCUGGCACACCCACCAGCCAGCUCUCACUCACACAUACACGCAACUAAGACAUCACAGCCAGGGAGGAAAGUGCUUCAGAUGAGCCUCGGUUUCUCGAGUCCUGGGAAGGGUGCGCAGCGCCUGCUUGGCAGAACACACCGGGCCAUUGGCUAAUGAACCAACAGGCUUUCUCACCCGGGUGAAUGUGACAGCAUCCAGGCAGUUAUAAGACAUCCUGUUGUGUAUGUGGAAAGAAGCCUGUCACUGGGGUCUCUGCAGAUGUGUUGCCAGGGCAAUGGACAUUGAGGAAGGGACACAGGAAAGGUCCUGACCCCUGAUCUGAAUAGAGCUCCUGCACACUGCAUGGAAGUGCUGUCUUUAUCCUGCAGUGUGAUCCUCUACAGCAUUGUAGGGGCUGCAUAGGAUCAAAGUAAAUGAUGACAGAUAUAAUAUAACUGAAGGGGCAGCCAAAGAGCUGGAAGAGCCUGGAGAUAUAACCUUAGGGUGCCAUCACAGACUACAGCUAAACCCCCUUCUCUACAGGCUUUCCAAAUGUGCAAGAAAGCUAUGUUUUAAUAUUGGCAGACAUAAGGUGGAAAUGGCACGACCUGCUGAGAGAGAUCAAGGGUGUGACUGUGCAGGAGACUGUAUCUCAAGAUGUCUGAAAUGGUUCAAACUGCUUAGCUGGCCUUUACAUUGCGGUGGGCCUGUUUUAUUUGUUCACGUGUAAGCUUGACUGGUAUUGUUCCAGGUCUCUCCCCUUUAUAGAAUGGCCCAUACUGGUUCCACCUUCUAAUGCUGUACUUGCACACAACACUUGUGGCAGCCUCGUUAUCAUUUAUGAGAUGUUAUUUGCUGGUGUUACGCCUUUAUGAUGCGUGGUUCAGAUCCACUCUGAAUGUAUGCUGUCAAAAUCAGUGUGUGAUGUGCAGGAGCAGAAAGUGAGAUCUGAAGAGGAGAGCAACUGUCUGAAGCACUUUCUUAGCCUGUGAUGCCCUGCGUUUACUGAAGUCAGUCUGUUACACUGCCUCUUAACUCUUUUUAAACACACUAAAACAAUAACCAACAAUGAAAACAUUACUUCCUGUUUGGAAAAUGGAAUCCACUGGUAGUCGGAGCAACUGACUUGCAGUGGGCUGCCCAGUCAGAGGCUGUUUAGCCCCAGCACAACCAAAUAGCCCACCCAUCUAUAUAAGUCAACCAAUGAGAAGAUCUCAUUUUUCCGUGGGCAAAGUGUGUGAAAAAGGAGGCUUGAUUGAUUGGCUGAAGGCCACAGCUGUGGAUAACCCUUUCUCUGUGAUAUAUU